CCCGAAAACCACGAACAAGCAAUAAGGCAAAUCUCAGUCGCUCUAACGAACCAAGUCUGUAUUCUGUAAUUUCUUUUCCAAUAUGGAUCAGCCUGCAACCGAUGAGCUGAUUCGAGUCACCCGCGAACCCAACGGGAUUGGUUUCGUCACGAUCAACCGUCCGAAGUUGCUCAAUUCGUUGACCAGAGCGAUGAUGGUUGACCUGGCUCACGCAUUCAAGGCUCUCGACAGAGACGAGACGGUGCAGGUCAUUAUCUUGUGCGGGUCGGGUAGGGCUUUCUGCUCGGGAGUGGACCUGACGGCUGCUGAGACGGUGUUUAAAGGAGACGUGAAGGAUGUGGAGACCGACCCGGUUGCGCAGAUGGAACGGUGUAGGAAGCCCAUAAUCGGAGCUAUCAACGGGUUCGCGGUCACGGCCGGGUUCGAGAUCUCUCUCGCUUGCGAUAUCUUAAUUGCUUCCAGAGGUGCCAAAUUCAUUGAUACUCAUGCUAGGUUCGGUAUAUUUCCUUCAUGGGGUCUCUCUCAGAAGCUUUCACGGAUUAUAGGAGCCAACAAAGCUCGAGAAGUAUCCUUGACAGCUAUGCCACUGACAGCUGAGAUGGCUGAGAAAUAUGGGUUGGUGAACUAUGUUGUGGAGGAGAGCCACUUGUUGAAGAAAGCCCGAGAAGUUGCAGAGGCUAUAAUGAAGAACAACCAAGAUAUGGUUCUUAGGAUAAAGUCCGUCAUUAACGAUGGCCUGAAGCUGGAACUUGGCCAAGCGCUUGCGCUGGAGAAGGUAAUUUCUUUAUAAUAUGAAUUCUCUUCUCAUGGUGAAAUUGCUUUAUAAUAUUAGAUUAUUUCUUUGUAAUAUGAAUUCCAUCUGGUGUGAAAUCGAAACAGAUCUUGUAUGUAUAUUCUUGAUGGCUAACUAUUGAUCAUAUCUAGAGCAUGGAAAGCAAUUUAGCGAGAUGCUGAUUAUGCACUGUUAAUUUUCCAUCAAUCUGAACUGCCAAAUUAGUUUGUUAUUACGAAAAAGAGAAGAAUAGACCAUUGAUGGCUGAAAGGAAGCUCGUGUCUUAGUUCCAAGCUGACCUUUGCGAUUCUUCUAUGUGUAAUUUAGCAUAAGAAACCUACAUUAUUAAUCUGAAAAGCAUUAGUAGGACUUGACUUCUCAUCCUUGUAGUGGUGAAAGAAGUGGCUGUACUAUCUUUACUGAGCCAUGAUCAGUACGUUUGCUCUGCAUGCUUCUCAUUUGUAUG